GCCAGGAAACCUGUCAUCACAGGUGUAAGUUGAGGUCCUCCUGCAGCCACUAGGCCUGCCAUAGGAGUUUCCGCGCUGAGCUCGCUAGAGAACUAACCUUCUGUACUGGUCCCUACGCGAUUCUCCUAGAUUACUGGCAGCGCCUUCAGUUAAUACACUUAUCAAUAGUGUCUGUCUCAUGCAGCAUUUGCCAUGAGCAGCGAUAAUAGCCGGACGGUUUUGCUUCUGGCAGCUGGGGCAGCUGUGGGCGGAACCGUCGCUUUUGCAGCUGCCUUGGGGUUAACAACUUACUAUGCGAGGCGCCUCGAGGAAAGCAAGGAACGAGCUGAGCGGAAGGGCCCAGGGUCCAAGGCCCCAGAGCAAGCUACCAUACUGCAACCAGCGCAAGGCAAUAAUGUCUUCAAGGCCGACGUCCCUGCAUGGCCAUAUGUGAACAACACCGCGCCGCAGCCGUUUGUGGCGCAGAUUCCCAGUGGGCAACCCACGUACCCUCAGUUUCAACCGCAGUCGGCACCCCAACGGACCGUGCCGCUGGAUUUGACUCCUGCGCAACCCCACCUUAACCCCCGUGGUCGCCAAGUCCCCAAGGAUGCGGCUGCCAUGCACCACCAGCAGCUCCAUCACAACCACCACAACCACCACCACGGGCCACACAACCACUACCCCCAGCACGCCAACACCCACUCGCACAACGCUGGGAUGGUAGCGGGAGGUGGCGGCACCGCCCCACCGCCGCCUGAGCCCCGCCCCUCCAUGGCUGACGCUCAGCUGGUGGAGGGGGAGUCCCCGCGCGCCCCGGGGAACCCCCGCCGCAUGGGCGCGGGUCACGGAGGAGCCGCCGACGCGUUUGCGCGCGCCCUGAGCAGCGGCGGCUCCGCUGCGGCCGCCUCGGGCCCCCCGCCCGUCUCCUCCAUGCGCCGCGUGGGCACCGGCCUGGCCCUCAACCUCAUGGGCGGCACCUCAUCAGCAGCAGCGGCGCAGGAUAGGGCCCAGAAAACGGCUCUGGAUCUAAUGAUUGCAGCCACGGGGGGCACGGGAGGCCUGGCGGGGAAGCUGGGCGUGGGGGGUGCAGGCGGCGCGAGUGGAGGCGGGCUGACGGGUUCGGGAGCGGUGGAGAAGGGCUCCGACAACCACGGCGGUCUGGCCAUGUGCGACGACUACAGCCGCGUGAUCACCCCCGAGACCACCAUGACGGACGAGGUGGAGGAGGUGUGUUCGCUGCUGGUGGAGUGCCUGGAGCUGCGGAAGCACUGGCUCUUCAAGCCGGCAUUGUCCCCCGAGGCCCGCCGCCACGAGCCCGAGGCCGCCGUUCCCUCCGACAUCAACCCCGCGCCCUUCCAGUACGUGCCGCUGCCGGCCUCGGGCCACACCUUCCGCAUGGUGGAGGGCGUCAUGGCGGUGUUCGGGCCGGAGGACACGCAGCAGAUGGAGAACCUCUUCCCGGUGCCCGGCACGGCGGCCGAGUUCUUCACUGACAUGCACCGUAUGCUGCGAUAUGCCGCGUCGGGCCCCGUCAAGUCCUUCUGCCACCACCGGCUGAUGCUUCUGGAGCAGAAGUUCAACCUGCACGUCAUGCUCAACAGCGACAAGGAGUUCCGCGCGCAGAAGGCGGCACCGCACCGCGACUUUUACAACGUCCGCAAGGUGGACACGCACAUCCACCACAGCGCCUGCAUGCACCAGAAGCACCUGCUGCGCUUCAUCAAGUCGAAGCUGCGCAAGGAGCCGGACGAGGUAGUGAUCUUCCGCGACGGCAAGUACCUGACCCUCAAGGAGGUGUUCGAGAGCCUCAAGCUGACGGGCUACGACCUGAACGUUGACACGCUGGACAUGCACGCCGACAAGAACACCUUCCACCGCUUCGACAAGUUCAACCUCAAGUACAACCCCUGCGGCCAGUCGCGACUGCGGGAGAUCUUCAUCAAGCAGGACAACCUGAUCCACGGCCGCUUCCUGGCGGAGCUGACCAAGGAGGUGUUCUCCGACCUGGAGUCCUCCAAGUACCAGCACGCGGAGAUGCGCAUCUCCAUCUACGGGCGCAAGGCCAUGGAGUGGGACAUCCUGGCGGCCUGGGUGGUGGGCUUCCAGCUGCACUCCAACAACAACGUCUGGCUCAUCCAGAUCCCCCGGCUGUACAACGUGUACAAGGAGACGGGUGUGAUUGAGACCUUCCAGCAGAUGCUGGACAACAUCUUCGAGCCGCUGUUCGAGGUCACCGCCGACCCCUCCACCCACCCGCAGCUGCAUGUGCUGCUGGCGCACGUGGUGGGGUUCGACAUGGUGGAUGACGAGUCCAAGCCCGAGCGCCGCCCCACCAAGCACUCGGAGCCGCCCGACCGCUGGAACACCAAGCACAACUGCGCCUACGCCUACUACGCCUACUACAUCCAUGCCAACCUCUACGCGCUCAACAAGUUCCGCGAGGCGCGCGGCCUCAACACCUUCUCCUUCCGCCCCCACGCGGGCGAGGCGGGCGACAUCGACCACCUGGUGGCCUCCUUCAUGCUGUGCGAGAACAUCGCGCACGGCAUCAACCUGCGCAAGAACCCCUGCCUGCAGUACCUGUACUACCUGGCCCAGAUCGGGCUGUGCAUGAGCCCGCUGUCCAACAACUCGCUCUUCCUGGACUACCACCGCAACCCCUUCCCGCUCUUCUUCGCGCGCGGCCUCUCCGUGUCGCUGUCCACCGACGACCCCGUCAUGAUCCACCUCACCAAGGAGCCGCUGGUGGAGGAGUACAGCGUGGCGGCGCAGGUGUUCAAGAUGAGCAGUGCCGACCUGUGCGAGAUUGCGCGCAACGGGGUGCUGCACUCUGGCUUCCCGCACGCCUGCAAGAAGCACUGGGUGGCGGAGGAGUACUGGCGGCCGGGGCCGGAGGGCAACGACAUCCACAAGACCAACGUGCCCAACCUGCGCCUGCGGUUCAGGCACGAGACCUACUGCGACGAGAUGCGGCUGGUGCUGCACGGGGCGGUGGCGCACCAGACCCGCAAGACGGCGCAGAUGAUCGCGGCAAGCAGGGCAGAGUAGCGGCGCGGAAGGAGAGCAGAGCGGGGUGGAGCAGGCACUGGGAUUGAAAGGAGCUAAGUCGGUAUCGGGCGUCAAGAGAGAAGAAAACCUGGGGUGCAAAAAGUGUGCUUAUAAGGGCUCUGGAUGAUGUCCCUAGACUUUCGCACUUGGCUAGAAUUUGUGGGAAACUUUGAUGGAGAGGACACGGACUAGGUACCGGUAUGACGGGGGCAUCCUAGCGUACAUUCGGGUCCGCAAUGCAAGGCAGUGCUGGCACCGUGAAGCUCGCCCAGCCGCACCUAAGCAGGCCACUGGUGCCCGCGGCAUGCCACGAGUGUUAUCGUGAGAGAGGGGUCAGUUGAGAGAAACACAUCUUCAUCGCCAUGAAUUGGUAGGGAUAGGUCAGGAGGGGACUUCCGCAAGUUGCAAGGACUGCUGCCCUGCCGCCGCCAUCGCGCAUGGGCAUGUGGGCUGGCUAUUGGGGUAGGCUAGAGCUUUGUUUAUUAUGGCCAAGUGUUAUAGUCCCCUUCACCGAGGUUCAGACAGAGAGUGCAGUAGACGCUGCUUUAGGACUGCUGAGGUAGUAACGCGCGGUAGCUCGUUAAUUGCUCCCGUCAACUGUUACUAGAGAGGACUGCGUCAUACCGGUAGUGUCUGAUGAGGGUUAGCUUCUUCCUUGAUCUUGUAGAGAUGGGGAUCGGCUUCUUCCUUGAUGUCGUACGCGUUGCCUUCUUUAGGCAAGGCGGGCCUUCGGCGUAGCUGCGUGGGUUCUCGAGUUUCUUUCAGUGGGUGUUAUUGGUAAAAGGCUUUCCUAACAUCGCCAGCUUGAAGAGGAAGUUCGAGAGUGGUGCUGUAGGCUGCUUUGGACAUUCUUGUAUUUCUUUUGAGUGCAUGACCGGGGCAUAGGAGCUGGGAGCAAGUGGGGAGCAAGAGGUGGGAGUGAGGAAGGAGGCAGGCCCUUUCUUGUAGGCUGUACGAGCAUAAAGGGAAGGUUACAUUGUUCGUUGAAAGACUGUG